AUGGCGACCGAAUACGUCCAACAACCCACAACCCGGGACUUUGCCGCCGAGCAGCCCACCACCACCCGCGACUCUGCAUCCUCGACGACCCGAGUAGAUGCACCCCUCCACCGCACCCCUACAAUCGAAGACAUUGUCAACCUCCCCCUCCGCACCCUCUCCAACGAUGCCGCGCUAGAAGAAUACACGCAAGAAACGCUCUCGGGCCACAUGCUCCGCGAAGUCCGGUCUAGAGCGGGAAAGGUGGAAAAGUAUGAUCUCGUCACUUUCACCAUCGACGACAAGGAGAACCCCAAGAACUGGAGUAAGGCAUACAAGUGGUGGUGUACCAUGUGUGUAGCCGUAACCUGUUUCGCCGUCGCCUUCAACUCUGCUGUCAUAACCGCGGAUCUAGGGGGUGUGAGCAAAGAGUUUAGGGUGAGCGAGGAGGUAGCUCUGUUGACGAUUACAUUGUUCGUCGUGGGGUUUGGUGUUGGGCCCAUGGCAUUUGCGCCGGCGUCUGAGAUCUGGGGACGCAGGCCAGUGUAUGGGGUUACACUUGCGUUGGCUGUGAUUUUCACGAUUCCAGGGGCUGUGGCACAGAAUAUUGGGACGUUGCUUGUCACGAGGUUUAUUGCUGGUGUGGCGUUUUCGGCGCCGAUGACAUUGGUGGGAGGGACGUUGGCGGAUAUGUGGAGGUCGGAGGAGAGGGGAGUUCCUAUGGCGGCGUUCAGUGCGGCUCCAUUCAUUGGUCCUGGAGUUGGGCCGUUGGUUGGUGGAUACUUGAGUCAAGCUGGUGGAUGGCGCUGGCUUUACUGGAUUCAGCUUAUCCUCAGCGCUGUUGUUUGGGUGUUGAUCACUUUUACGGUUCCGGAGACGUAUGCUCCUACGAUUUUGGCUAAGAGGGCGAAGAAGAUGCGUAAAGAGACGGGUGAUGACAGGUUUGUCACGGAACAGGAUCUCGACAUGCGACCUUUCAGCCAGCGCCUCCAGCUCUUCCUUCUACGACCGUUCCAGCUACUCUUCCGCGAACUCAUCGUUUUCCUCAUCUCGGUUUACAUGUCGGUCCUGUACGGACUUCUGUACAUGUUCUUCGUCGCUUAUCCUAUCGUAUAUGAGAAGACAAAGGGCUGGAGCGCCGGGUCUGUCGGAUUGAUGUUCAUCCCCCUCAUCUGUGGCGUUUUACUAUCGGCUGCCUGCGCGCCAUUGGUCAACAAACACUAUCUCAAGCUCUCAGAGAAGCACAACGGACACCCGCCAGCCGAAGUACGGCUAAUUCCUAUGAUGUGCUCCUGCUGGUUCAUCCCGAUUGGUGUCUUCAUCUUCGCGUGGACCAGUCAGAAGGAGACACAUUGGGCUGGCCCUGCAUUUGGAGGCGGCUCUGUGGGAUUCGGCUUCAUCUUCCUUUACAACUCGGCCAACAACUACCUCGUCGACUCGUACCAGCACCAGGCCGCGUCUGCUCUGGCGGCCAAGACAUUCUUGCGAAGCUUCUGGGGUGCAGCUGCGGUCUUGUUUACGAACCAGAUGUAUGACCGUCUCGGCAAUCAGUGGGCCAGUUCGCUUCUCGCCUUCAUCGGCUUGGCGUGCUGUGCGAUUCCAUUUAUCUUUUACUUUUACGGGGCCAAGAUCCGAGCACGGUCGCACUAUGCGUAUAGCGAAGAGACCGAGAGCAAGGCACAUGAGAAGCAGGUUGCAUAGUCAGCAAUUGAUAGUAAAUCCGGGGUGUAUGUUGAUUGGAUAGUGGCGGUUAUCUGGGAUUGCAUUGGUGGUGUUGCGUUGCAUUGCAUGGCAUGGCGUUCGGGGGCCUUAUAAUUCCUUUUUUGUUCGCGAGAACAGGAUCAACGAGGAUCCGGGGUUGGAAAGUAUAGCCUAGAAACUCAGUAAUCAUGUCAAAUCACUCUGAUUUACCCGA